AUGUCUACUGUGCUUUCAGCCCGCGGCGACAGUGCCGUCACCACCUCUUACAAUAAAUCCCAAACUCAAGGCAGCAUGGCCAUAGGACCCCCAUCUGCUACUGAUCUAUCCGCUUGGAUGUACUUGCCCAUAUAUGGCGACAUUCCUGGCAAGUCCCUAGACCAGCUCAUGGUCGAUUUCGCAUCGGAAGCUGCAACUAUCAAGACUGUGGCGGUGCACCAUGGCAGAGAAAAGGUAUUGGAGGAGCGGGAGCUUGGAAAGAGACAGGCUUUUAGUAUUCCUGUGUGUUCUAGGGAGAUUAGUUCUACAGAUGAAGGGCUUACGGUCUCGAUUGAGGUGGAGUUUGAGACGGCUGAGGCGUGGUUGUCUCUUAGUUCUGUCUCUGUCGCGUUUUGA